UGCUGCUGUUUGGUAGCCGCGUAGGUCUCGUGGGUUUGCGUACCCUGCCAUCCGCGUCCCUAUCCGCCCCGUUCCUCGUCACCCCGCCCCCCGUCUCCUCUCUUCACCUUCACCUUCCUGGCUUUGGCUUUGCCUUCCUCCCCGUUUCCUUCCGCAGGGGUCAGCCAGGCCAGAUAAGAUUUGCUUUGGUUAGGCUACCGCCGCGCCGCGCUGGGCUGGGCUUGGAGCGGGGGUUGUUGAAACCGUCAAGGAACGGGGACGUGGGGGCGAAGGAAGGUGGCGCUUGGUGCUGGUUUCUUCGUCGAUCGAUUCCUUCCGGCUCCCGAUUCGCCCUGUUCUUGCCCCCCCAGCUGUUUCUCCGGUUGGUUGAUUGGUUGGCUGGUUCUACCCCCGCGCCGCGGAUUCGGGGGAAUCUGAUUCGACCCUCGGGCGGGAGGGAUUGGAUUCUUGGUCUUGGUGCGGGUGCGCGCGGCGCAAUUUGAUAAGAAGAACGAAAAGAAAAUCCAAGCAGGGAGGGGACUGCCAGGGGAGCACCGCUUCUUGGUGGUGGUUGCGGGAAUCGCAGUCGGGGGAGGCCGAUCUUGGCGAGGAGGGGAGGUCCGGUCACGGCGGCCCGGCGGGGACCGGCGGCGGCGGCGAUGGCCGACGGGCUGGAUCGGUGGCGCGACUUCUUCCGUGGCGCCGGCGCCGGCAUCUGCGACGUGAUCGAGAACGCCAUCCUCGUGGCGGCGGCCGACGCGCCGCGGGAGCUGCUGCACCGCCGCGACCGCAUCGCCGAGAGGCUCUUCACCGCGCACCGCCGCGACGCGGCGGUGCCGGCGCCGCCGUCCCUCGGCAGCGCCGCGGCGUCCGCCACGCCGGCCACGCCCAUCGAGGAGGACAAGGGCAGCGUGCGCCGCGUCGCCGAGAAGGAGAGCAAGGUAGACAGCAGCAGCAACGGCGCCCACGGCGGGGGCCACGGCCACGGCGAAGAGGACGACGAUUCGGAUUCCGACGACGAGCGCCUCCGCCGCGCCGCGGCGAGCAACUACGGCCACAACUACGAUGAUGAUGAUGAUGACGACCAAGAGGAGGAGGAUGAGCAGCAGCACGCGGCGGAUGAUGCGGAGGAAGAGGAAGAGAACCAUGAGGCUGAGGAGCUCGAGGCGCUCACCAAUGAGAUCGACGAGGAGUCACAGAUCGUCGGUGAGGUCCUCCGCAUCAAGGACCUUCUUUUGCACAAGGAAGAUCAUUCGGAUGCCACUUUGUUUGAGUCCCUGAGAAGGCUGCAGUUGAUGCAAUUGUCUGUCUCCACUCUAAAGGCUACUGAGAUUGGGAGGGCUGUUAAUCGGCUGCGGAAGCACAACUCACAGCAGAUUCGCCACCUCGUGCGCACUCUCAUUGAAGGUUGGAAAGUUCUGGUUGAUGAGUGGGUUAGUACUACAAAUGCUGCCCUGGCAGAUAACUCCCCUGGCUCUUCAAAUCCUUCUGUUGUCGAUGAAGAAGAUGAAGAAGGGCUUCCUUCCCCACCUUUAGAUGAAGGGGCCUUCUUUGCAACCCAGCCAACUUCUAUUCAACUCUCUGAGUUCUUUGAUGAAAUGGAUGAAGAUGGAAACUUGAGACAUAACAGUGAUGCAAGCCUUGGAAACAAGAGGGGAAAUAAUGGUGGAAGGCCUGCAAACUAUUCAGCAAUUGCAAUGCAAGAACCUCCUCGACGUUCUCCUGGAGCUGUUGAAAAAGUUCAAUUCAGGAGGCCAGAACCGGCGAGGCAAGAGCCACCAAUGAGGCAAGCAAACCUGCAGAAACCUCAAAGUUCAAGUUUGCAAGUGAAACCUCAUGGCAUGCUCAACGAUAACAAGCAAUCUAAGCCCUCAAGUUAUGAAUCUGGGCCUGGGAGACCAUUGAAGGCAGCUCCACUGCAGAAACCCUCUGGUGACAUGAAACCUAAACAAACUCACACUGCUGUCGAGAGAAGGCCUACGACGAGCCAGAUGGAUAAAUCAAGGCUCGCCGCACAAUCUUCAUCAGGAGCCAGGCUAGAGUUGGCAAAGCCAAAGGUCUAUGAUGAUGGUUUGGAUAAUAACAGGAAGCUGGAAGCAGCAAAGAGAAGGCUCCAGGAGCGGUACCAGGAAGCUGAGAAUGCCAAAAGGCAGCGCACGAUACAAGUAAUGGAGCUGGGUGACAUACCAAAGCCCAAGCAUCAAAACAGACAACCUAUGGUGAAGUCCCGGAAUAACCUUAGGAAUUGGGCGAACGGGCGGCGCUAACUCCUCUGUGAUUUUUUCCUCACUGAUGAAUUGUUGCCAUGCCUGCCUAGUCCGGACGCGAAAUGUGUUUAUGCUCAUCCAAAGGAGCUGAAACCAGCUGCCAGGACUAGAACAAACUUUUUUGAACAAAACACCUCCAAUGAAGGGUUUCCCCUUGAAGCUGCAAGGGCUGAGUGAAGCUCCUGCGUUUGGAGAGUCUAGCCAUGUCUGGAUAAUUGUAGAGUGGACAUGUAGCUCGAUUUGUAUCGGCUGGUUAUUUUCUUCGUUUCUUCUUCUCCUUUCUUCUUCUUCAAAGGAAGCUGUAGAUACCAGAUAGAAUAAUCAGCAAUAUUUGGUACAUUCCUUUUUACCUCCAAACUUUGACAGGAAAUAUUUACCCAGAGCUACAUUUUUGGCA